CACACACACUCUCAUUUGUGCACUUACUCAGGGACACAGCCUGCCUCGGUUCUGAAAAGACAGGAACUUCUCAAUGAUCUGAUGAAAAGAUUGCAUAUUUUUGGUCCCAAGAUUCACAGUAGCGGAGGUCUCUGGCAACAAAAGGGUGAUUUCACCUGGAACAGCAUGUCAGGCCGCAGUGUACGGUUGAGGUCAGUCCCCAUCCAGAGUCUCUCAGAGCUGGAGAGGGCCCGGCUACAGGAAGUGGCUUUUUAUCAGUUGCAACAGGACUGUGACUUGAGCUGUCAGAUCACCAUUCCCAAAGAUGGACAAAAGAGAAAGAAAUCUUUAAGAAAGAAACUGGAUUCACUAGGAAAGGAGAAAAACAAAGAUAAAGAAUUCAUCCCGCAAGCAUUUGGAAUGCCCUUAUCCCAAGUCAUUGCAAAUGACAGGGCCUAUAAACUCAAGCAGGACUUGCAGAGGGAUGAACAGAAAGAUGCAUCUGACUUUGUGGCUUCCCUCCUCCCAUUUGGAAAUAAAAGACAAAACAAAGAACUCUCAAGCAGUAACUCAUCUCUCAGCUCAACCUCAGAAACACCAAAUGAGUCAACGUCCCCAAACACCCCGGAACCGGCUCCUCGGGCUAGGAGGAGGGGUGCCAUGUCAGUGGAUUCUAUCACCGAUCUUGAUGACAAUCAGUCUCGACUACUAGAAGCUUUACAACUUUCCUUGCCUGCUGAGGCUCAAAGUAAAAAAGAAAAAGCCAGAGAUAAGAAACUCAGUCUGAAUCCUAUUUACAGACAGGUCCCCAGGCUAGUGGAUAGCUGCUGUCAGCAUCUAGAAAAACAUGGCCUCCAGACAGUGGGGAUAUUCCGAGUUGGAAGCUCAAAAAAGAGAGUGAGACAAUUACGUGAGGAAUUUGACCGUGGGAUUGAUGUGUCUCUGGAGGAGGAGCACAGUGUUCAUGAUGUGGCAGCCUUGCUGAAAGAGUUCCUGAGGGACAUGCCGGACCCGCUUCUCACCAGGGAGCUGUACACAGCUUUCAUCAACACUCUCUUGUUGGAGCCGGAGGAACAGCUGGGCACCUUGCAGCUCCUCAUAUACCUUCUACCUCCCUGCAACUGCGACACCCUCCAUCGCCUCCUACAGUUCCUCUCCAUCGUGGCCAGGCAUGCCGAUGACAACAUCAGCAAAGAUGGGCAAGAGGUCACUGGGAAUAAAAUGACAUCUCUAAACUUGGCUACCAUAUUUGGACCCAACCUGCUGCACAAGCAGAAGUCAUCAGACAAAGAAUUCUCAGUCCAGAGUUCAGCCAGGGCUGAGGAGAGCACGGCCAUCAUCGCUGUGGUGCAGAAGAUGAUUGAAAAUUAUGAAGCCCUGUUCAUGGUUCCCCCAGAUCUCCAGAAUGAAGUGCUGAUCAGCCUGUUAGAGACCGAUCCUGAUGUUGUGGACUAUUUACUCAGAAGAAAGGCUUCCCAAUCAUCAAGCCCUGACAUGCUGCAGUCAGAAGUUUCCUUUUCCGUGGGAGGGAGGCAUUCAUCUACAGACUCCAACAAGGCCUCCAGCGGCGACAUCUCCCCUUAUGACAACAACUCCCCAGUGCUGUCUGAGCGCUCCCUGCUGGCUAUGCAAGAGGACGUGGCCCCAGGGGGCUCGGAGAAGCUUUACAAAGUGCCAAGGCAGUUUAUGCUGGUGGGCCACUUGUCCUCAUCAAAGUCAAGGGAAAGUUCUCCUGGACCAAGGCUUGGGAAAGAUCUGUCAGAGGAACCUUUCAAUAUCUGGGGAACCUGGCAUUCAACAUUAAAAAGUGGAUCCAAAGACCCAGGAAUGACAGGUUCCUCUGGAGACAUUUUUGAAAGCAGCUCCCUAAAAGCGGGGCCCUGCUCCCUUUCUCAAGGGAACCUGUCCCCGAAUUGGCCUCGGUGGCAGGGGAGCCCCGCAGAGCUGGACAGCGGCACGAAGGUGGCUCAGAGGACUCAGCCCGCGGCCUCCGCGACAGAGGGCAGGGCCCACACUGCGGUGCCGCGUGCCUACAGUACGCCCCACGUCCAGGGUGACAGUGGGAAAGCCGAGAGGCCCAUGGCCACAUCUGAGCAGUACUUGAUCCUGAGCAGCGCCCACGACCUCAGCGAGAGCGAGCUGGACUUGGCCGGGCUGCAGAGCCAGGCCACAUCGACGUGCCAGAGACCCCGUGGGAGCACGAGGGAUGACAAACGGCCCCCGCCUCCAUACCCAGGCCCCGGGAAGACCGCAGCAGCAGCGGCGGCCUGGAUCCAGGGGCCCCGGGAAGGCGCAGGGACAGCCGCGGACCAGGGAGGGCAAGAGGCCGAGCGAGAGCAGCAGGCCGCACAGAAAAAACUGAGCAGUGUCAACUCCCUGCCAACGGGCAACCAGGACAGUCCGCACCUGGGGGACGCUGGCUGGCUCGACUGGCAGAGAGAGCGCUGGCAGAUCUGGGAGCUCCUGUCUGCUGACAACCCCGAUGCCCUACCUGAGACGCUGGUCUGAGCCCACACCAGCCGAGCCCCUCCUGCCCCGUGCCCUCCCCCCGCCCUCCAGCCCAGGGGAAAACGUGGGUGGUGGCCACUGGUACACUUAGUGUUCUUCUUUCACACUUCCCAAAAGCAACACGAGAAAUCCAGUUCACCCACAGAGGUAGAGCACUCACGCCCCUGCCAUUGAGAAUAAGGUUCCAUUGCAUAGCCAGCCUUAGGAAAAACAAACAGAACCCAAACCGAAUGGCAAUGUCCAAUAUAAAAACGUCCCUCUUGGCUCUAUAAUAAGAUACAACUCUUGCUUUCGUAUAGCCUAACUGUAUUUAUGUGUCUUCAGUUUUGACUAUUGUAUAUUCUGUAACAGAUUAUGUAUGAUAAUCAUAUAUGAUAUAUUCACAAAGAGAAAACAAAAGGAACAUUUUUUUAAAAAUCACUUCACUUAUUUUAAGCAAUGAAAUAUACUAAACAAUGAGAUUCUAUAGAAUGUUCUAGAAUAUGCACAAGCGGGUUUCUGUGCUUUUGCCAUAGCUUUAUAACUGGGGAUAACCCUUCCUUCAAUACCUAACAAAAACACUAACAAGACGAAAUACAAGAAGAAAAAUCACUGAAUGCUUUUUGAUAUUGAAUACGUUUUACGGAAAAAUGUUAACUCUGAUAGAUUACGAAAUAUAUUUUUAGAACUUGUUUAGAAAUGACUCAGCCAGACAAGAAAAAGGCAGUGCCUCACAAAGAAAUUAAGAAGUUGUCUGUCCCACUUUACGUCAAAUUCAGUUUUAUAUAGGCCCUAUAUAAUAGAUAUUUAUAAAGUAUAAUUUUUAUGUAUUUUUCAAAACUACAAACUGGAAUCUAACUAACUAUAAAGUGUUUAAGAAUCUAAAUAGAAUAUUCAAAUUAUAGAACAUGUUUUUCCCUUUGCCCCAUAAUCAUUAUUUGCCAAAUUACACGCAAUUCUUUAAAAACUAAAUCACAUUUGGAAAAAAAGCCUACAGCUUUGUACUUACAUUGUGCCAAAGGCUGAGGAAAUGUUUUCUUUCUUAAUUUUAUGUGUAUUGUAAAAUGUUCCUACCGUCGUACUUAAGUAGUAAGUUUGAAGUUUUUCAAUUGCAUAACUGUUUUUGACCAGCAGAUGGCGAUUCGCUUCAGUAUUUUACGCGAUUUUUUUCACUUCUGAAGGGAAAGUGUAUUAUAGAAAAAGAUUUUUUUUUUUUUUUUUACAUAUAAAACAUGCUACUCUUAAUUUUCAUGUUGGUGAUGAAAUUUCCAGUGGUGUUUCUUAAGGUUCUAUCUUGUGCCAUGAUGAAUAAAAAGUUAAGCAAAG